UUGGCUUCUUUUUGGUGAUUUCAUCAUUUUUAAUUUUCUAUUCUCUUUAUUAAUAGAAGAUUUGUUUUAUUCUAUUCUUUUUUUUUAUUUCGUUUGUUCUUUUUUCAACUUUAAUUGUUAUUCUUUUCUCUUUUUUUCUCCUUGGAUUUUUAAAUUGUUGUUAUUCUUAAAUGGCCGCCACCACAAUGUCUUUGGAAAGUCAAUCAUCAAGAUACGAAACCAUGAGAGAGUUUGACAGUCCCGACGCUAAUAAUUUAAUGGAAAUUGUGGAAACCGAAGAGGCUAUUCGCAUUAUCCGAAAACCUAAUGAGAAAACAAUUAGAAAAGAGAUUUUGCCUCCAGUUUUUAUUAGAACAAAACCUGAGAUUCUAAUUGAGAAAAAGCCCGUUAUUGAGACGAAAAUUACCCUACCACCAUCUAAAUGUGACUUGACACUAAAUGAAAGGUUCACUUUGGUUCUUUGUCACAUUCAAAAGAAAGAGAUUGAUCCAGGAUUUCAAGAAUUAAAAUGUCCGAAUACAUUGAUUGGUCGAUUACAGCGAUGUAAGGCCGCUCGUUCGGCUGCUGCCCCUUACCCUACCCCACGGCAAUCAAACCUUUCAACACCCAUAAUAAUGCCCACUGGUUUGAUCACAGGCCCAGGAGAAAAAUCUAAGCCCUCACCAUUUGAUAUGUGGCAAGAGCCUGAACCACAUCUACCUGGCGAAUCUUUGUCAUCCAUCUUUGCCAAAUAUAUGAAAACAAAUUAUUGCACUGGCCCAUCGAAGAGCAGGGAAGAACUGGAUGAUGAGAUUGAACAAUAUUUCAUUUCUGUUGGUGGCAGAGGGAAAAGAGUUUUCAAAAAGAAGACAAAAGAAAUGCUUGAGGAUUCCUAUAGAAAACAAAUGGAUCCGGAUUUCGAUCUCAAUGAUCGCAUCAACAAUAUCAACAUAAACUGUAAUACAACUACUAACGUUCAAUCAGAGGAAGAACCGAAUCUAUUUAGUAGUUUUGCUCGAGCAGUUAGAUCGAAAUCAAUUUUUAAAAGAGAAAAAGCUUCUCUAGAUCAAGACAUUGAUGAUUACUGGGGAUCUAGACGAAACCAAAGAUCUCUCUCUGAAAGUUUAGAUGAUGAUCUUGAAAAUUAUAAGAAACAAGAUCCCAGAAAUCAAUUGAAAACGCAACAAAAAUCAUCAGUUAAUGAUAAUCCAGAAGAUGAUGAGUUUGCCGAAUACAUGGGAUAAUCUAAUGAAUCGAAUUUAAUUUUAACUGUUGAUCAAGAUUAGCUCAUUCAAAAUGAGAUUCUCUAAACUUUCUUUCACUUAAACAUAAUCACCAAAUCACGACAAAAAAAACAAACUAUCAACCAUUUUUCUGUUACUCGUUGUAAAUCAUGAAAAGUUUAUUAAAAAAAAGCAAAAUCAAUUAAGAUAAUAUUUUUGGAUUAAAUCGUAA